CAGCAGGGUACGAAAGGACAUGUACAACGACACGCUAAACGGCAGCACGGAGAAGAGAAGCUCCGAGCUCCCGGACGCCGUCGGCCCCAUCGUUCAGCUCCAAGAGAAACUCUUUGUGCCUGUUAAAGAAUAUCCUGACUUUAAUUUUGUGGGCCGGAUCUUGGGCCCGCGGGGGCUCACAGCCAAACAGCUGGAAGCAGAGACAGGAUGUAAGAUCAUGGUGAGAGGGAAAGGCUCCAUGAGGGACAAAAAGAAGGAGGAACAAAACCGAGGCAAGCCCAACUGGGAGCAUCUGAAUGAGGACCUCCAUGUGCUCAUCACGGUGGAGGACGCCCAGAACCGGGCUGAGAUCAAGCUUAAGCAUGCAGUGGAGGAGGUUAACAAGCUACUCGUGCCUGCGGCUGAAGGCGAGGACAGUCUAAAGAAGAUGCAACUGAUGGAACUGGCCAUUCUUAACGGCACCUACAGAGACGCCAAUAUCAAAUCACCUUCCCUUGCAUUCUCUCUUGCAGCGAGCGCCCAGGCACCACGGAUCAUCACCGGCCCAGCACCUGUCCUGCCGCCCACAGUCUUGCGUACGCCUACGCCCGCAGGGCACACCAUUAUGCCCCUCAUCCGCCAGAUCCAGACCGUCAUGCCCAACGGCUCGGCCCACCCAGCAGCUGCCACCCUAAUGCAGCCUGGUCCGGAGUCGGGCCUGAUUUAUGCGACGCCCUAUGAGUACCCCUACACACUGGCCCCCGCCACCUCCAUUCUGGAGUAUCCUAUCGACUCCAGCGGGGUUUUAGCAUCCUCAAAGGCCGAAGAGCUGCCCCUCUACCUGGGCUUUCAGACCUGUCACAUUCCCAUCACAGUCCAGCGUGGAGAGCCAACCGGUCGGCCUCCCUUUUAAAGUGCCCCCUCUCUCCCCCGCCCCCUCCGACAAGCCCCUCCCCUCACACCGCAGACACGCCCCCCCUGCCCCGCCUCCCUCUUAUCGGACUGGCUGGACUCCCCGGCCUCUUUAAUUCUGUCUGUUUCAUUGAAUCAUGGUUUUUGUUUUUCUGUUGUUGUUUUUUUGGUUUUGUACUUUUGUUUUUAUCUGUAAUGUGAUGUUUUAGUUUUUUAUGUGUUCAAUGAUGAGGGAGACAAAGCACUGAGCCCCAAACUGCUGCACAAGCCUUUCUGGAUGACCCCCAUCCCUCAAUCUGAGCGGGCUGCAUCAGGGUGAGGGGCAACAUGAGGAU